AUGCCGUGCGGAGGGGCCAGCGGCGCUCGGCCUGCAUCCAGCUCCUCCGAGGACCGGCCGCGGGUCCCCGGCUCUGCUCGCCGCGAUGCGGCUGUGAGCUCGCUGCGGCUGCAGCCCGGCCGGGCCGCCGAGCGAGUGCCGGGCGCACCGUGAGAGCCGGGAGGGAAGCUGCUUUCUAUAGAUUCACUGCAAAGCUGUGAUUGCCUAGAGGUUGCCAGAGGAGAGAACGCGGUCCCCGGGAGUGAUUCUUGACGAAGGGAACCAUCACUUUUGGUAAACAAACCAAACCCAGAAUGUGAAAGUGUUGAAUGUCAUAUGCUGACAGCUCUUAGGAACAAACGUCCUCUUGGAAUCUACCCUGUGGCUUAGCUUUCAAACCAGAGGUUCCUCUUACCAAGGAAAAAAUGGCCAACGUGAAGAUGAUGUUGCUGUGUCUUUCACUGGUGGUUCUGGGAGCCCUCUGUUUGUAUUUGAGCAUGUACACUCUGAUUCCUUUUAAAGAAGGGCCGUUUGUUUUCAAGAGAAGGCAGGAGAACUUCCUUCAGCUCCCAGAUGUGGACUGUGGGCAGAAUCCUCCCUUCCUUGUCCUCCUGGUGACUUCAUCCCAGGAACAGACAUUGGCUCGCACGGUCAUCCGGAACACGUGGGGACAAGAAAAGAUUGUGAAAGGAAAACGAAUAAAGACGCUCUUCCUCUUGGGAACCACCACCAGUAAGGCCACAUCGAAAGCGGUGGCCCACGAAGGCCGGCAAUAUCGAGAUAUCAUCCAGAAGGACUUUCUGGAUGUUUAUUUCAAUUUAACUCUGAAGACCAUGAUGGGUAUAGAGUGGAUCCACCGCUUCUGUCCUCAGGCAGCUUUUGUGAUGAAAACAGACUCUGACAUGUUUAUCAACAUCUACUAUUUGACUGAGCUGCUUCUGAAGAAAAACAGAACAACUCGUUUUUUUACUGGCUUCUUAAAAAUGCACGACUACCCGAUUAGGAUGAAGCAGAGUAAGUGGUUUGUCAGUAAAUACGAGUAUCCGUGGGACAGGUACCCACCUUUUUGCUCGGGCACCGCCUACGUGUUUUCUGGCGAUGUUGCACGUCAGGUGUAUGAAGUUUCUGAGACUGUUCCAUUCCUUAAACUGGAAGAUGUCUUUGUGGGGCUCUGCCUCGCAAAACUGAAGAUCAAACCGGAGGAGCUCCACUCUGAGCAGACCUUUUUCCCAGGUGGGUUAAGCUUUUCCACAUGCCGUUUUAGGAAGAUCGUGGCCUCCCAUUUUGUCAAGCCUAACGAUAUGCUGAUCUAUUGGCAUGCUCUGGAAAGUUCCCUGGGAGAAGAGUGUCCAGCUGUCUGAGGGGAGCCCAGCGGCACAUCUGGACACACUCCACGACCCAUGCGUGAUAGUUUUUGAAAGAUCGUCGGAUGGCACCGCUGGGGAUCAUCAGUGGGGAGGGAGAGAGUGAGGAAGGAAGAGGGAGAAGAUGGAGAGUGAUGUCCUGUGGCAUUCCAAAUCUAAACUAGGACGUAAGCUUCAUUGGAAGCGCUGGAUGAUUCCCACUUGAUGCCUGAGCAAUAAUAGAUACCAUCUCUUGAGGACACUGUGGCACUGAGUGCUCAAUGGAUGCCUUCCUUUUCCCAUUUCAGAGAUCCGUCUCCAUCUGAAGGGGUGAGUGUGACCAUCCCUAUUUUAUGCAGGAGGAAACGCAGCUUAGAGAGGUGCGGGAACUCAUCCCAAGGCUCACAGCCAACAGACGUGGGAGCAGGGAUGAAGAUGGAGCAUUCUCAGAAUCCAGUCGGCAGCCCCCGACUUGGUCCACCCCUCCAUGUUGCCUCCCCUGGGGGAGAGCUGUGGUGAAGAGGCUCUGAGGGAAGUCGUGCUGCUGGCAUCCUUCAGACCCUUUGGAGAGACCCCUCCUCCUCAACACCCAAUCCUUGGGGUUUUUUAGUGCUAAGACUGGGGUGAACAGAUGCGCCCCCAGCUGCCUUCAUUCACUGGGAUGGAUCUGGCUGGACACGGAGUCCCUGGUAGCAGCUAGGCACUCACCUCAUCACCAAGCAGCUCCCAGAAGAUACCCCUGCAGCUCAGCCCCUGAGAAACGCCAGCUCCAGACAGAAAUCGGUUUUUAUAGAUGUGGCUCAGAAAUCAUUGCAAAGCCUGGCCCGUUGUACCGACUUCUUGGCCACGCUGACCUCCCCAAGAGCGUGGCAUCUCCUCCGAGACGUCUGUGGCACCCCCAGAUGCCCUUGGUCUGCACUUUAGGUCUCCAAGUUCAAACUGAAGGGCAGUUGGGCACAAGGCUCUGUCUGUGAAGGAUUCUGGGAGCUUUUCUGGGAAUUCAGUUGGAUUUAAGUCAAGACGCUCUCAAGGACCUCCUUGGAUGCUGAGCACUGAAGUGAGCCCUGGUCACGGCGGGGGGCGGCCACCUCGCAAGCCUCACCCAAGCUCAUCUUCUUUGAACUUCUCAGAUGGCCGAGGAACAACCAAGUUUUGUGGUGUGGAGUGUGACCUUCAGUUUUCUUCUCCCUGGAGGUUUGUAUGAGCCUGUUCUGCAGGGCCGUCUGCAAACGAGGCCCUUCUUUGCAAGUGUCUUGGCCCAUCCAGCCACUGUUGUGUCACAUGCAAAGUCCCCUUGCUCCUGACUGCAGGAAUGGUUGGUUCUUAUUUUUUGCUUUAUCAGACCUGACUUUACCAGCACUGAAAGCAAAGGCCUCUUGUGGCUGCGUGACUUACAAAUGUCAGACUAAGCUCUUACUUGAACUCAGGAAGCGCUAUUUGUUGCAAAUGGUUGCGGCAAUGUUAAAAUGCACAAUGAGCCCUGGCAUCCUGUUUUGCACAGCAUCUCUCGUACCUGGAUCGAGCUGCUUCUUUGCAGACAUGUUUUCUUAUCCUGGCCACUCUGAACAUGCUGGGUCACAUUCAGAAAGCCUCCUUCUCAGGUGGGAAAAUUGGGGACUGAGCUUGGUUUUUGAAGGCCAGAUUUUUCCAGAGUCACAUCCCUCCGUCCCAUAGGGUGGGCUGCCCCUGAUUCUGAAGGUAAUGGUGGGUUUUGAGAGUGAAGGAGUUUGUCUGGCAGUAAGGCUGCCUUGUCUGGUGUGAGUGUCUUUGUGGCCGCCGGGCUGUGUGGGUGAGGUGUGGUACUCAGGACCCGGCCUUCUCAGCAUUGGUGACAGCCCUCCGCCACAGGGGCCCAUGACACAGGCGUGGCUCCACCUACAGCUUCUGCUGUUCUUAAAGGGUUUUCUGCAAAACAUUUUUUACCACUCUAUUUCUUUAUGUCAUGAAGACUUUUUUUCCUCUGGGGAAAAAUUGUUUUGUGACUCUAGAACUUGCAGCGACCUUAGAGCUCAUGCAGUCCUGCCUUUACGUAGCAUGAAAAGAAAGCUCAGAGAGACCCAGAGGCUUCCCCAGGCCUCCAGCUUGACUGUCGUGGAAGGCAGAGUCCAGCUCAGAUUGUGUCCCAUCACGCCACCUUGCCUGUGGGUGAGAGUGAGAAACUCUGCGAAAGCGUGAAUUGGGAGGCAAAGCGAUGCUUUUCCAAGAAUGUCCAACAUUAGUUUCCGAAUGGGACCAGAGAGGAGCCAGGCUGGUGGGACAGUGGCUUCCCUCGCAGGCAUCUGGAGAGCAAUGAUUUUGAUAGCAAAUGCUCUUUGCCGGGUACUGAGAUAAGGGCUUUAUUAUCUCCUUAAAUGCUCACAACGACUCUGUGGGGCAGGUUACCAGCAAUAUCUCUGAUUUACAGAUGAGGAAACUGAGGCAGCCAGGGAGGGUGAACAGCCAGCUCAAGGUGACAUAACUGACAAUUAGCAGAAAUAGGAUGUGCACCCAGGCUGUUGGGGCCCCCGUGCGUGUUGGGGACAGUCAGCCCUGCAUCCUCCCGGGCUGUCAGCUGCCCCUCUCCCAGUGUUCAGGGAGAUGCAGAAGCUCAUUGCAUCAGCUGCUCAGGCUGUAUUUCUGGGCACUUCUUCAGCCUCCAACCACCACCCGUGUCCACCCUCCAGCUUCUGAACCCCGGUAUCCUGCCCUCCACUGGGACUGGAGAAGAGAACGAUGGGGACUCUUGUGGCCUCAGCCCCUCCACUUCUGGAGUUGAUUCCUAGUUCUUCUUACCUCUUUGAGAGCAAGACUCCUGCAUGGGGCCUCGCUCUCCAUGUCCAUUUCCCCAUCUCUGCCGAUUGCCCCAUCGGCACGUGUCACACGAGCUUAUUCUCAUUUCCCAUCUUUUGAAACCAUCAACCGCCUUCCCUUGACACUCCUUUUCCCUCCAGCUGUCUCCUUGUUUCUAUUCCCUCUGCAGUUCAACCCCACAAGGGAGUUUUAUGUAUUUAAAUUCCUCUCCUAUUUCUGAAAUCCCUUCUGAUCAGACUUUGGUCCCCCCCGCCCCACCCCACUCCACAGAUGGUUCUUAUUGAAGUCACUGAUGAUGACCCACAUUGCUGGGUCUAUGGUCAGUUCUCGGUCCUCACCUGGCCCACUUCCCUGCCGAGCGCUUGUCACCGGCUUGCGGAUGCUUGGCGCUCCUGGUCCUCCUCCUUCUUGCUGCUCCUCCUUUGCCAUCUCCUUUGCUUGUUCCGUGUCUUCGCUCUGACUUCUCGUGCUGGGGCACCCAGGGCUCAGCCUCAGCCCCUCUAUUCCCAGUUUUACUCAGUGGUCUGGUGGUCUCAUCCAGCCUCAUGGUGUUAAAUAUCCUCCAUCAUGUUGACCACGCCCUGUUUAUCUCCAGCCCAGAACACUGUCUUGCGCUUGUCUCGUGUAUUCCACCACCUCCUUGACUUCACAUAAUGAGCAAAUGCAAAACUGAACUUGUGACAAACCCCUCCCCCGGCUCCGAAUCCACUGCACUUGCAGGCUUCACUACCUCAGGUCAGGGUCAUGCCAUCCUUCCUGUGGCUCAAGCCAAAUGCCUCAGAGCCAUCCUUGACUGCUUUGUCUCAGCUGGUGCCUCAGGAGAGACUGUUGGCUCUACCUUCCGGUUCUGUCUGGAAGCCAGCCACUUCCCCCGACCUCCACAGCUGCCACCUUGUUCAAGCCCCCAUCCCCUCUCACCUGUUUUCCUGUGGUGGCCUUCUACCUGGUCUCUCGGCUUCCGUCAUUGCAUCCCUUUGGUCUGUUCCUAACACAGCAUCCAGAGUGCUCCUUUGAAAAUACGGAUCAAAGCAUCUCACUUCUCUGCUCAGAACCCUCCAGUGGCUUCCUAUCUCCGAGUAAGAGCCACAUCUUUAAUAUCAUGAGCUGCCUCUGUUCUUCCUAACCUCAUCCCUUCACGUGUUCCCCUCCCUCACUCUGGCCUCCCUCGACAGCAAUACUACUAUUCCAGCCUCACCCGCCUCCUUGCUCUUCCUGGACCAUCCCAGGCAUGCUCCACCUCCCCAGGGCCUUUGCACUGGCUGUUCCCUCUACCACAAUUGCUCUUUUCUCAGAUACUCUCACGGCCCACUCCUGGCCUCCAUCAAGUCUUUGGUUAGAUAUUGCCUUCUUACUGAGGUAUACCCUACCACCCUAUAUGAAAUUGCAACUUGUGCCACCCCCCGUCCCCUUACCUUGUUACAUUUUUCUAUUGCACAUGUCAAUUUCUAACAAAGUAUAUAAUAUCUAUUUAUUAUAAAUAUCUCUUUUGUUUAUUGUUUACAUUUCAUCCCACUUGAACAAAAGCUUUGUGGAGGAAUGGAUCUUUGUUUUCUUCACCGAUGUGCCUCAAAUUCUUAGCACAGCUCCUGGAACAUAGUGGAUCUCAAUAGAUAUUUGUUGAGUGGAACUGAAAGGACCUUUAUGGAAGGUGGUUCUAGAGGGGAAUAGGUGAAUCUAGACUGAAAGGUGAGGGGCUCCUAAAACAUAGCCAACACUAUGGUUCCAAAUGAAUCAGUAAAUGGGAAAAUGGGUGUGUUUUUACUGAAAACCCAGAAAUGUUACCCAGCAGUGCUUCCUGACCUCAGGCCCCCUUCUGCUGUAAUGGGAAACCUCACACGCUGAGAAGGAGAUGAGGUCCUGUAAUGCCUCCAUGUGCCCGUCCUCCAGCCUCCACAUGGCUGGUAUCGUCGCAUCUACCACCUCCUUCUGUUUUGCUGAUUAGAGAAAUAUACCUCUUCUCCUCAACUGCGUCCAACUUUUGGUCCCAGGAGACUAACAACAGCAAACCAAGUUGUCAGGAAGUAUGUGUGGGAUCAUUAAAGUGACUUCAGUCCAAUUGUCUUCUGGAUGAAAUAACCACAUGCUCAUUCAUCCGUGGAUGGUAAAGACCACACAAUGCCGAUAGUCGAGUUUAUUUUUCAAGAUCAGAACUACGAAGCAGUCUCAGCUCUCUUGAGCUGUGUAGGUGAGCUGUGUCGGUGAAUUCUGGACUUAGGGGACCUGGUCGGCCCACGUGUGGGGAAUGUGGAUGGUCCACGAGUUACCCAGGAAGGGCGUCACCUUAUGAGGCUGUUCUGACCCCACUGAAGGGAUUUGGUUGCAAAAAUAGGUCUUGGUUUAGGAGGCAGUUUCCUUGAUAAGCAAGCCUGUUGUAUAGAUUUCAAGGACUAUAUUUAAUAAUGGAAGACUAUAGUUUAAUUAAAUGUGUUCUAGUGGAGCUAAGAAUCUAUCUGUCUAUCUACCUACCUACCUACCUACCUAUCUAUCUAUCUAUCCAUUUACCUAUCUACCUACCUACCUACC